AGCGAACUCACCUUCAACAAUGUCAGCAUCCUCUGAAGCGUUGAUUGAAGCCAGAGAGUUGGCUUCCAACGGCCACUACGCCGAAGCAGAAACAAAGUAUUGGGACAUCAUAUCGGAAAAGUCCAAUGACGGCCAGCCCUCUCACAAGGUGCUCCAGGAACAAGAACUGGGAAUCUUGGAGUUGGGAAAGAUAUACCAAAGUCAAAACCAGCCCCAGAAGUUGAGCGACUUGAUCACAAAGUCGAGGGCUGUGUUGGGAAAGUUUGCAAAGUCCAAGACUGCCAAAAUCGUCAAGACCUUGAUCGAGGACUUUGAUACCUUGACUGAUACCAUUGAUUUGCAAAUCACUUCUACAAGAGAAUGCAUUGAUUGGGCCAUUGAAAACAAGUUGUCAUUCUUGAGGCAAUCGUUACAGUUGAAGUUGUCUUCAUUGUUGUACACAAAGGGCCUGUACCAAGAGAGUUUAAAAUUCAUCACUGAGUUGUUGAGGGAAUACAAGAAGUUGGAUGACAAGUCUUCGUUGGUGGAGGUGCAGUUGUUGGAAUCGAAGAUUUACCAUGCGUUGAGGAACAUCCCCAAGUCAAGGGCUUCAUUGACUGGCGCCAGAACCUCGGCCAAUUCCAUUUACUGUCCUACUUUAUUACAGGCUGAAUUGGAUUGCCAGAGUGGUAUAUUGAACUCGGAGGAAGGUGACUAUAAGACCGCCUUUUCCUACUUCUAUGAGAGUUUUGAAGGGUACAAUUCCCAAGACGCCCCCGAGGCCAUAACGGUGUUGAAAUAUAUGUUGUUGACCAAAGUCAUGUUGAACUUGGUGGAUGACAUUAACAAUAUCUUGGGACAUAAAAACGUCAUGAAGUUCCAGUCCAAGGACAUUGAUGCCAUGAAGGCCAUAGCUGACGCCUACUCAAACAGAUCCUUGAAAGAUUUCGAAUCGGCCUUAUUGACAUAUUCCACCGAAUUGAAGUCUGAUCCUAUUAUUAAGAACCACUUUAACGCCUUGUAUGACAAUCUAUUGGAACAGAAUCUCUUGAAGAUUAUCGAGAGUUACAGCUGUGUGGAGUUGUCCCACAUCUCCAAGACAAUAGGCUUGAACUUGCAACAGGUGGAAGGAAAGUUGUCGCAAAUGAUCUUGGAUAAGGUGUUCUAUGGGGUUUUGGACCAAGGUAAUGGCUGGUUAAACAUCUAUGAUGAACCAAAGAAGGAUUCCACCUAUGAAGCGUCUUUGGAUUUGGUCAAGCAUUUAUCCAGUGUGGUUGAUUUAUUGUAUGAGAAGGCUUCUUCAUUAAACUAAAACAGAAUUAAUAUAUAUACAUAUUAUACACUUGGCUAUACAAAGAUGCCCGUGACACCCUUUUCGCUAGCGGCCAACGCUACUUCUCCACAUUUACUCAAGAACUCGCUGAGCUUUCCACUUUUCAUGAAACAGACAAGCAAGUCAUUUUCAUCUUCAUUAGCCACCAGUUUGAUCAAGUCAAACGACUUGUUCAAGUACUCAGGGUUAUUGAAUCGGGAGAAUUCAUAUAUUUUGAGUAAUUCAAUCACAAGGUAGGGAACGUAGAGGUUUCUAAAUUCCCUCAAAAGCUCAUUUGGAGUGUUAACGAACCAUCUCAUCACCAAGUCGUUUAAUUGAGUAGUGAUCUUGUUGAUCGAAUGAUGCACAUCCUUGGUUUUGAAGUUGGUCUUGUUUUUUCCGUUGUCUUCAACAAACCUCUUCCACUCAGAAAUAGAGUUGAGGCCCUUGAUCAAUAAAUCGUAAUUUAACAACUCUUCCCGGUCUUCUUCGCUUAUUGAAGGACUGGAUGACGUGAAGUUUUCACUAUUGAACUGCCUGAUACCCAAGUCGUUGUCAUAACUGUUCACUAUUUGCUUAAAGUUCUUUUCCUUUGCAAACUCCUUCAAGGCUGCUAGUUUUCCCGAUAACAAGAACCGUUUUAUUAUAACCAUUGACACAAUUAUGGUAUCUUCAUACAUGGAGUUAGCCAACAAAUAGUCAGCAGACUCGUAUAACUCUUCAUCAAU